AUGAUGGAUUCGCAAGAUGAUGUUAGCAAGGAGCGUGCUGUCUCACACUCCGAAAUCCACGGUCUUCCUCCUGACCCCGAUGCGCACUUGAGCGAGGAGGAGAGGGCCGCGAUCGACCGAAAGCUCUUAUGGAAGCUCGAUUUAACCUUGAUUCCCUGGCUCUGUCUCCUCUACCUCUUGGCCUUCCUCGACCGAACCAAUAUUGGAAAUGCCAAAAUCGAUCACUUGCAGGACGACCUCCAUAACAUGUCGACCGGGAAAUACAAUGCUUCCCUCUCUAUCUUCUUCGUCUCAUAUUCGGUCUUUGAACCCCUUACCAACGUCAUGAUGAAGAAGUUCCGGCCCUCUAUCUUCAUUCCUGCGAUCAUGGUAGCAUGGGGUCUCUGCAUGACAUUUAUGGGAUUUUGUAAUAAUUGGUCGGGUCUGAUGGCUGCCCGUUGGUUCUUGGGACUUGCAGAGGCUGGUCUCUUCCCGGGAAUUAACUAUUACCUUUCUUGCUGGUACAAGCGCUCGGAAUUUGGCGUACGAGCCGCCAUCUUUUUCUCCGCUGCGGCGGUAUCUGGUUCCUUUGGUGGAUUACUCGCCGCUGCAAUCGCCAAAAUGUCUGGUAUUGGCGGUAGACCAGGCUGGGCAUGGAUCUUCAUUCUGGAAGGACUUGUCACCGUGGUGUUCGGCUUCCUGUCAAUUUGGUUUGUGCACGAUUUCCCCGACGAAGCAACGUUUCUCUCGGAACAAGAUCGGGCACGAGUUGUCCGGCGGCUGAAGGUAGACAAGCAAGCAUCCGCCGAACAUGAAGAAUUCAGCAUGAAAUAUGUUUGGAUGGCCAUGAAGGACUACAAGAUGUGGCUCGGAAUGAUUAUUUAUAUGGGUACCGACAUGCCUCUAUAUGCAUUCUCCCUCUUCCUUCCGAGCAUCGUCAAAGAACUCGGCUAUUCGUCCGAUCCUACUACCGCGCAGCUUCUAACCGUCCCGCCAUAUGCAGUCGCCGCUGUCUUUACAAUCGCCAUUGGAUUUAUCGCUGAUCGAACUGGAAAGCGGGGUCUCUGCAAUAUCUGUGUUUCUCUCAUAGGAAUCGCCGGGUUUGCCAUGCUUCUUGGUAGCCAACAGCCCGGGAUUAAGUAUGCUGGGACUUUUCUCGGAGCAUUAGGCAUUUACCCCUGCAUCGCGAACACGAUAUCCUGGAUAAGCAACAAUAUUGAAGGAGUUUAUAAGAGAGGAGUGGUGUUGGGAUUCGUUAUUGGCUGGGGAAAUCUGAAUGGUAUUGUCAGCAGCAAUAUCUAUUACCAGUCUCCCAAGUACAUCGUUGGGCACGCGGUUGUUAUGGCGUAUAUGAUUGUCUGCCUGCUGGGUGGAAGUAUUACGCUCCAUCUGCUUUUGAGACGAGAAAAUCGUUUGCGGCGCGCUGGCAAGAGAGAUCAUUGGGUAGAUGGCAUGACUGAGCAAGAGGUUGAGAAGCAUCUUGGUGAUCAGAGGCCGGAUUUCAUUUAUACCCUUUGA